AUGAUUCAGGAGGACGCCGGGGAGUAUGUAGAGGCAGAGGAGGUGAAUAUUGAAGCAGAAGCCGCGAACGGUGAGCAGCCAGUGAGAAAUACCAGCGAAUUGGAAAUGGAGGAUGGGGCAGCCGCAGCGAACGGGGGGAGAGAAAGACGACCAAAUGUCAUCGCAAACGAAAGACAAAUCCUCAACGAACCCAAUGGAAGGGAGGAGCCAAGGCACCGAGAGGAGGAGAGGCCGAAGAAUAACCGUAGCGGAAGCCAAAGGAGAAGUAUGAGGCAGACGGAUGAGGGAUGCCAUGCACAGAAUGUGAGUGAACGUCCAGGUCAGAACAGGGCACAUAGGAAAGCAGCACAGGAGGAAGAACAUGUGGUAGUAAGAGGAUCAAAGGGGGGACUCAAUAUCUGCACUAGAACAGUAAACUAUGACCAAGAGAAUGGUGGCAGUUUACAGAUGAACCUGGAGAAUUCAGGGGAACACCACUCAGAUGUGCCGGAAAGCCUUGAUGAAGAUGGUGAUGCCGGCGCUGGAGGGAGGAAUUUCCAGCGAAUCCUGAAAACUCUUCUCAAGAACCACAAACCAGAUCUGAUUGGCUUGGUGGAGCCUAAAGUUUCGGGUGAUCAUGCUAAUGAUAUUUGCUCCAAACUCGGCUUUGAUGAUUGGGUCCGAGUGGAGGCUAUAGGUUUUAGCGGGGGAAUAUGGGUUCUUUGGAAUAAACCUCUGGAUAUUACUGUAGAGUUUACUCACCCUCAAUUCAUUUUAUUACAGGUCAAGGAGCUCAGUAGUCCACCAUGGGUGCUUGCAGUGGUGUAUGCCAGCCCGACUCAACACCUGCGACGGCGCCUAUGGAGUGCACUUAGGGCGAACCAACGGAAUAUCCUACACCCCUGCCUCGCAGCGGGAGACUUCAAUACAGUAACUUGUUGCAAUGAGACUCUCAACUACACCGCUUACAAUGCACAUCGAAGUGCUGACUUUGUUGAUUGGAUCCAGGAGGAAGGUUUGGUGGAUCUAGGUUUCGUGGGACCGCAACUGACGUGGGUGAGAGGAGCGGAUGCUAAUACCUGUAAAGGGGCUAGGCUCGACAGAGCGCUGUGUGAUAUGCCUUGGCGGCAACGCUUCCCUGAAGCCGAGGUAAGGCAUCUGCCACGUAUCGCCUCAGACCACUCACCAAUCCUUAUUCAGACAACGGCUAAAGGCGUCAGGCCCACAGAGUUCAAGUUCAGAUUUCAAGCUGCGUGGAUGACUAAUGACAGUUUCUCGGAGGUGGUAAACCGAGCGUGGCAUUCCAAUGAAGACAUAGUGCAGAACAUCCAGCAAGUACAAGCGGCUCUAACGGAAUGGAACAAGGAUGUAUUUGGUAACAUUGAAGCUAAGAAAAGAUCUCUUUUGGCACGGAUCGGGGGGAUCCAGAAGAUUAACACUAGUGCGCGCUACAAGGGGCUUGUCACGCUAGAAAAGAAUUUGAAGCAAGAGCUAGAGACGACUCUAUACCAAGAAGAGCUGAAAUGGUUCCAACGAUCGCGUGAGGAAUGGAUAGUCUCGGGAGACCGAAACACAAAAUUUUAUCAUGCGGCAACAUUGAUGAGGCGCUCCCGAAAUAAAGUCCUUAGCCUGCAGAAUGAUAAUGGCAUUUGGAUCACUGACACGGAGGAGCUACGAAAUUUGGUGCAGGACUUCUAUAUAAACCUCUUCAAAAAGGAUACAGGCACGGACCUUUCGCGGGCUGUGAGGGGCUUUUUCCCGGUUCUGGACGAAGUGGACUGGGCCAGCUUCCAAAGGGAGGUAACAAAGGAAGAGGUACACGCAGCAGUGACUGACAUGAGCCCAUGGAAGGCACCCGGGCCAGAUGGUUUACAUGCAGGUUUUUAUCAAAAGACUUGGGAUACAGUGGGGGACAGCAUUUUUAGGAUGGUCAAAAAUGCAUUUCAAUCAGGAAUUUUGCCCGAUGGUGUGAACGACACCCUCCUGACCCUAAUCCCGAAGGUCGGGUCGCCGGAAACAAUCAAACAGUUUAGGCCUAUCAGUUUGUGCAAUGUGUCGUACAAAAUCAUUACCAAGACGAUAACCAAUAGGCUUAAGGCCGUGUUGCCAAUGCUUGUUGGACCGUGUCAGAGCUCUUUUGUAUCAGGCAGGCAAAUCUCGGACAACGUGCUUAUUUAUCAGGAAGUUAUGCAUUCCAUGAGAAUCAAAAAAGGAAAUACAGGCUUGAUGGGGAUUAAGAUUGAUUUAGAAAAGGCCUAUGACAGGUUAUCUUGGAAUUUUAUUAAUGAUACUCUUUUUGAUGCAGGUUUUAACGAUGCUACCUCACGUCUUAUAAUGACAUGCGUACGAACGGCGUCCUUGUCCAUUUCGUGGAAUGGUAGCCGACUACCUGCCUUCAAACCGGAAAGGGGAGUAAGACAGGGAGACGCUAUGUCUCCAGCACUCUUUGUGCUAUGCAUGGAGCGGUUAAGUCAAAGCAUUACAACCGAAGUAACUAAUGGACGAUGGACGGGAAUCCAAUUAUCGCCGUCAGGUCCAGUUUUGUCACACCUCUGCUUCGCGGAUGACAUGGUUCUAUUUUCGGAGGCGUCAGUGGAACAGAAUACUAAGCCAGACAUUGCAAGAGAUAUCGAGAGUAUUCUGAAUAUUUCAGCUACAACGGAUUUGGGUAGAUAUCUAGGGAUGCCAUCCGUGCACGGCAGAGUCACGCAAGCGACGUUCUCAGGCCUAAUUGACCAUGUAACAGCGAGGCUUGAAGGGUGGCGUGGCAAGCUUCUAUCCUUUGCGGGGCGGGUCACACUGGCCAAGUCGGUCUUGGGCGCAAUUCCUACGUAUUCCAUGCAAACCGCACAACUGCCAAAAGGUGUGUGCAACAAAUUGGAGAUGAUUACCAGACGCUUCAUUUGGGGUGGUCAUGGGGACGAACGGAAGGUAAGUCUCGUAAAAUGGGAUACCGUGACGAAGCCCAAGGAAGUUGGCGGUCUAGGUUUGCGAAGUUUAAACAGUGUGAACUCUGCGUUCAUGGCGAAGCUUGGAUGGCGGAUUCUCACAGAACGAGACAGCUUGUGGGCGCAGGUCUUCCGAACUAAGUAUGGAUUCGGAGAUGGCCGAUGGAGAGCGGACGUCCCCAGGAUUGCUUCAAACGCCUGGAGAGGACUUUGCAGUGCAACCGGGAUUCUGGACAGGGGGUUAACGAAAGUGCUUACGGAGCUAUAUGGCCAAGUAGCUGAGUACUGGGAGAGUGGAAGAGGGUGGCGAUGGGAAAGACUGGAGGGUGUUUUGGACGACAGCUGGAAGCUUAAACUACAUGUGUAUGUUGUUCUUGAUGACAACGAAGCGAGAGAUGAUUGGGGAUGGAGCAUGGAACUGGAUGGUCGUUUCUCCAUAAAGUCUGCUUAUGCAAUCACGCGAAAUUUGAGGGAUGAUAACGUAGAUGACGACUGGCAGAGGAUCUGGAAGCUUAGACUCCCGAACAGAGUCAAUCACUUUAUGUGGUUGGUUAAACAAGGGAGGCUCAUGACGAAUGUAGAACGAUCGAAAAGGGGCUUCACAACUGAUUUGUUUUGUUCUUCUUGUGCAGGCAUUCCAGAAAACUUGGACCAUAUCUUCAGAGCAUGCGAGGCAGCGCGCAUAUGGGAGAGGCUCAUACCGCGCCGGACGACACAGCUGCUCCAGGGGACGGAUUGGAGUACGUGGCUGUCGAUGAACGUUAAGGCGGAUAAGCGGCUAGGAUUUCCGGAGGAUUGGCCGGAAAUUUUCGGGCUUACUAUGUGGUGGUGUUGGAGGUGGAGGAAUGCCAGAGUGUUUGAGGAUAGCCAUAUGAGUACGGAGCAGAAGAUAGCUUGGAUAAGAGACCAACACAACCAGACGAAAGUGGCUUUUAACACUCAUCGAGCGAUGCAUGUGGGCAUUCAACAGGGCGAGUGCGUAGCCACUUGGAAGAAACCGCAACAUGGAUGGUGGAAAUUAAACGUGGAUGGCUGUUGCAAGGGGGUCAGUAGAAGAGCAGGCUGUGGGAGAGUGCUACGAGAUUAUCAAGGGAGAUGGAUCAGCGGGGUUACACACAACAUAGGGACUUGUACAGCGGAGGAAGCGGAAGUUUGGGCAGUCUUAGUGGGACUGCGUAUGGCCGCCGAUCGCCAAGCCCGGAAUGUCUUGGUGGAAAGCGACUCUCUUGCAACGAUUAAGGGCAUCAUCGGGUGCAUGGCUACGGGUGCCGGGAGUAAUGUUAUGCGACUAUGUGUGAGGGAAGCGCAGGUGUUCCAGGAUAUAAAAUUUAUCCAUGUGAUGAGAAGUGGAAACAAAGUGGCAGACAAGCUUGCAUCAAUGGCGCUGGAACAUGGACUUGGGACGAGGCUCGUUGUUGAUCAACCGCAAUAUCUAGACGACUUGAUUUGGGAGGAUAGGGUAGGGACCAGAGCCCUGAUGUGA